AUGGGUGGAUCGAUGUCGAGAAUAGUUCCUGGUUUAUACAUUGGCGGAGUUGCUAGCGCUCAAUCCAAAAGUCAACUGGAAGAAAAUGGCAUUACUCAUGUCUGUAGCGUUCUCCACUACAAUUUCAAGUGUCCCACUAGAAAGCAGUUGCUGCUUCGAGCUGAUGACGACUCGAAGGAAAAUAUUGCCAAAUAUUUUAGGGACGCAUCCUUUUUCAUUCACGGGGCAAGGGUUUAUGAUGGUGCCGUGCUAGUCCAUUGCGCUUGUGGCGUCUCUCGUAGCGUGACAAUAACUUUGGCCUAUCUGAUGACCAUAACAAAUAUGCCUCUACCAAAGCUCGUUAGAGCAGUUGUUGGUGCAAGACCAUGCGCUUGUCCGAAUAGUGGAUUUUUGGAACAAUUGAUAGAGUAUGGCAAGUCUGGUGCUGCUGCAAAAGUUCGACGUGAACUAAUCGCAUGUUAUGGUGAAUGGCCAAAGGAAAAAAUGAAUGCUGAUAUUGCUGUACUAACAGAACUGCUACUCAAACCAGAGCAUACUACCUGUAUUGGCGCAAGUGGUGGUUUCACAUUGCCGGAUGAUAUUACAGAAUAUAAUGAUGAUGAUAAUGGUAACAACAAUCAACAAGGAUCUCUUAAUAAUCCCUUAAAUCAACAAAAUUCACAAAAAAAUAAUAUGAAACCGACUAGUUAUACAAUCUAUUCAAAUAAACCAUUACAUAUACAAAGAAUACUUGCAGAGAGUGAAGAUAAUAAUCCAGCAUCGUCAUCAUCAUCAGUAUAAAAUACAAUAUUAACGGAAAAUAAACUGAUUUUAUAAAUAACUACGGUUAUUCAAAUUUGAUAUUUGUUAUUUAUUGUCAAUAAUCACUUACCACUGAUAUAUGUGAUUAAAACUGAUGUAAACCGUUUAUAAAACAAUUACUUAUUCAAUCUUUAAGUUUGUAUGCUAUUCCCUUAUUUUUGUUUUAUAGAUGUUCAAACAUGUACUCUUGUCGUUACUGAAUGGUGAUGGCCUUGUUGUACACAAUUAACACUCUAACCACACCUAAUAUAUAAAUGAACUUUUAGUUAGUUUUAUUGAACAACCCGUCUCUAGGCUUUCCUUUCUUUUUGGUUUCCCUUGCAUUUGAUAUUCAGUUGUUUUUUUUCAUAGCCAUAAUGUAAAAACCAAAGGAAUCAAUGCUAUGAUGCACAUACUUUCUCUAUCGCACUUUUUAAAAUCAUAAUGCCUUUGAUAUAUAUCCGUUGAUUUUUACAAAUAUAUCUUAAUUACUGGUGAAUUGAACAAUCAUUUCUGUAAUAUUAAUGUGAAUAAUCUCAUUUUCUAAUGUAUUUUCCUUUUUGAAAACUUUCAUAUAGAAAAG